AUGUCCGAUACGCCACACGAACGCAACUCAAACUCAAAAACAAAUUUAAUAGAGGUGCAACACGUUGGCGUCACGGCCAAACUGUCGUCGCCGCUCAAAAAUCUGCUGCAAUCAUCACUUUCUUCAACGGAGACGGAAAAUGGUCAGCUGCCCUAUCAUGAUCAUCGUGGCAACAAGCUUAAGUACAGCAAAUUCACCAACGACACACAAGUUGAGACGGAAACAACUACCGACAAUCCAUCAAAAUUACUCUACGAGAUGCAUGCCGUUCCAGAGGUUUCCACACGUCAACCGGGCAAACGCCAUCCAACGCCUUCCAAAAUCGAAUUUCAACUAUAUAAAGCGGCUUCGAGACGUGUAGCGCACCGCUCAAAAAGCACACCCGCAACUAUGCUGAAAUGCAGCGUUAAAAAAAGUAAGCGCAAACUUUUUGCGGACCAUGAAGGUGCCGGUAAAAAGCCCACGAACCAGUGCACAUGUCGCGCACACCACGGCAAUAGCGAUAAUACGAUUUUUCAACGUCUACGACAUUCACUUGAUAAUAUGCGUGCUGCACGUCCGCAUAUUUCAAAUAACAAAACACCCAUGAGCGGCAAAAUAUUUGACGGUUUUCCCGAGCCUGCCGCGCCACAGCAACGUAAAAGUAAGGAUGAUUUCAAGCAGCAGCAACAAAGAGACGCCACACCGCCACCAACACGCAUCGGCAUCUAUCCUUUCGAGCAUGGUUGUGCUGAAUAUUUGCGUACCACCGAUUACCAUCCGCAGCUGUUGUCCGUUGUGCUAGCUGAACGUGCCACCUACUAUGCCACACGCUUCUGGGCUGAGUUCUUUGGCAGUUUGCAUAUUGGUGUCACUUUCAUCGUGACUUUUCUGCUACAAGCGUAUCGUUUCAUACUCGUCUCGCUGAUAAAUACUUUAGCUGUGGGCUUUCUACACAUGACUUCCGAUUAUUUAAUUAAACCAAUAUUAACGGUGGUCUUCAAUGGUUUUCUACAACCACCAUUUAUACUCAUCUACAAUAUUCUUACCUCCAUGCGUGAUAUUCUGGCGCCUGUUGCUGAGACAAUAAAUAAUUUUAUGCGUCCUGUAGCGACAGUCGGACGUAGUAUACGUCUAGUGCAUGUGAACUAUAACAAUAAGAAGUCGGUGAAGGAUGUUUGAUGGAGAAUUCGAUUUGUGUUUGUUUUUCAAUACAUUUUU